AUGUGGAUCCACCGCACCCUGGACCACUACGAGAGCAAGUCUGAGCAGUUCCUGGAGACCCGUUUCACCGCCACGCUUCAGGCGCUGUGUCGCCAGUUUCGCAUGGAGAUCGUGGUUCGCAAGAAGGUCCAGGACUACCGGCUCAAGUGCGAUGGCCAGAUCUUCGCGCUCAAGAAGAAAACACCUUACGAGGAUUUUGAGGCGUCUCCUUCGUCGCUCUCCAUCAUCCCAUCUCUAUGCGGUACGCACCCCUUUCCGUCGCCUACUCCGCUCCCGUCGCCACCGCCCAUACAACUGCCUGACCACUGGAUCGCCGAGCGCGUCGACGUACCGGAACAGGGACCGUACAGCCUUGUGCCAAAGGACAGCGGUGAAGACCACCGGUCGAACCCGCAGAACAGCAACGGCGCGUCGUUGCCCCUGGUGCCCAAGUCUAGCGACGAGGACGAGCACCAUUUGAGCAUCGUGAGCCCCGGCUACAAGUCCAACGACCGCGCGGACCUUGUCAGUUGCCCGACACCAGGCGAACGAAGUCGUACAUUCGUCGGCAGCCCCACUCGCAGCUGCGACGAAAUGGCGAAGAAGCCCUCGACGAGCUCCAUAGACCGGUCUGACCUCGUCGACUUCGUUGUCGACAACAGGUCCGCCGAGGAGACGAGGGCCAUCUACAACAGCUGGGCGCCCAACUACGAAGAGGACAUGGCACUGCAGAAGUACAAGGCCCCGAGUAUCAUGGCCCAGUUCAUCAACCAGGAACUACAUAUCAAGAAGGACGCCGUCAUUCUGGACGUCGGAUGCGGAACGGGACUGCUCGGGGUGCAGCUGAAGAACCUCGGGUACAACUACAUCGAUGCGUUGGACUACAGCGAGGAGAUGAUGAGCGAGGCGAAGAAGAAGAACAUCUACAAGAGCCACUUCCUCGAGAAGGUCUUCAAGAACAACAAGCUCACUCUCAAGGACGCUGAGUACGACGUGGUGGCACUGUGCGGUUGCCUCAUGCCUGGUCACAUCAUGCCCGAUGCUCUUCCUGAGGUGGCCAGGCUCGUCAAGCCCAACGGUCGCCUGAUGUGGAUCCACCGCACGCUGGACCACUACGAGGUAAGUCCGAGCAGUUCCUGGAGACCCGUUUCACCGCCACGCUUCAGGCGCUGUGUCGCCAGUUUCGCAUGGAGAUCGUCGUCCGCAAGAAGGUCCAGGAGUACCGGCUCAAGUGUGACGGCCAGAUCUUCGCGCUCAAGAAGAAAGCGUAAAGAAGAGGCAUCGUCUCCACGAGUGCAUCUCUCCCAUGGAUGCUAUCCGUGCAAGCAGCAAGGAGUAAAAGUGCUCCGUUCGCGCGCUCUUGGAUGA